AUGGGGCAGAGGAGGGAUGCUGAUAAACCAUCAAUGGAUAGAGAAUGUGACUCAUUUAAUCAGUGUGGCACAUGCUCGUUCUUCGGUUCCUGCUCUAUAAUUAAAAACUACACCGUGUGGAACGUUGGAGACUAUGGAGACGUCUCAGGACGAGAUCGCAUGAAGGCUGAGAUCUACAAAAAUGGGCCAAUCAGCUGUGCAAUAAUGGCCACUAAAGGCCUGGAGGCGUAUGAUGGAGGGGUUUUUGCUGAAUUUCACAUUCUGUCUAUGCCGAAUCACAUCAUCUCAGUGGCAGGCUGGGGCGUCACAGAGGACGGGACCGAAUUCUGGAUCGUCAGAAACUCCUGGGGCGAGUUCUGGGGAGAGUCAGGCUGGGCCAGGAUUGUCACCAGUGCCUAUAAGAGAGGGAAAGGAAACUGGUACAAUCUCGCCAUCGAGCACUACUGUGCAUACGGAGACCCGAUCGUUACAUAGAUCAGGAGGAGCCAGUUCCUCACAUAGAAUUGACUCAGUCUUGGAAUUGACCUGGGAUCAGACCUUACAGAGCACAGAGAGACUGUUUAUAACUGCUAAGAAAUCGAAUCUAAUUGUU